UUUCUUGCUUCUUGGCGGAAAAAACAAAAAACGCAGAGAAGAAGAAAGAGAAAGAAGAUGGAGAAUGCGGCGAGCUUGGCUUCGGGUCCCGACGGAAAGAAACGGCGCGUGACCUACUUUUACGAGCCAAACAUCGGCGACGGCAGUCAACGGGUAUCCCAACAGAUCAGUACGACUCACAACCUCAUCCGCAGCUAUCACCUCCACAAUGACAUGGAUAUCGUCCGCCCUAGCCUUGCCAAAGAUUCAGAUUUCGUUCAGUUUCACUCGCCGGAGUACAUAGCAUGCCUCGCUACUCUCACGCCGGAGUAUGUCGACAUGGCUAAUAAGUCAGAAAGCGUAGCCGAAACUACCCUCGAGCUCUUCGACUUAGACGAGUGGGACACCCCUUUCUUCCCUGGCCUCAUCGAUUAUUGCCGUCUCUACGCCGGUGGUUCUAUUUGCGCCGCCGCGAAACUGAACCGAAGCGAAGCUGAUAUCGCCAUCAAUUGGUCCGGCGGGAUGCACCGCGCCAAGAGAGAUGAGGCUCGUGGCUUUGGCUACGUCAACGACGUUGUUCUUGGGAUCCUCGAGUUGCUCAAAGUCUUCAAGCGAGUUCUCUACAUAGAUAUUGGGUAUUACCAUGGGGAUGCAGUACAAGAAGCGUUCUACAAAACUGAUAGAGUUAUGACUGUUUCUUUCCACGAGUCUGUGGUCCAAAGCAGAGGAGACAUAACAGACAACGGGGUAGAAAAGGGAGAAUACUAUUCUCUAAAUGCUCCGCUGAAGAAUGGUUUGGACGAUGCAAGUUUCGUCAAUUUAUUGGUACCUGUCAUCCACAAGGCUAUGGAGGUUUAUCAGCCGGAAGCAAUUGUUCUUCAGUGUGGGCCUGAUUCACUAGCUGGUGACGCGUUGGGUAAAUUCAACUUGACUAUCGAGGGUCAUGGUGCUUGUCUCGGGUACAUAAGAUCAUUUAAUGUUCCUCUCAUGCUCUUGGGUGGUCAAGGUCACACUCUUGGAAAUGUUGCACGUUGCUGGUGCUAUGAGACAGCAGUUGCGGUUGGAAAAGUAAUUGACGACGAUCUCGAUACCAAUGUCUCCGAUGCGUGUUUUGCCCCAGGUUAUCAACUUCAUAUUGAGCCGAACCGCAUGAAGAAUUUAAACACAGACGAAUAUAUUGCAAAAAUAAAGAAGACAUUACUAAACCAACUUUCGCAAGUGAUACACGCACCUAGUGUGCAGUUUCAAGACACUCCACCAAUCAGUCAAGUUACAGAAGCAGUGGAAGAGGACAUGGAGACGAGAUAAAAUGAACGUAUAUUGACGACUGGUAGUGCAAGUUAUGAAUCAGGCUCUGACGAGGACAAGUUUUUUCUCGGUGUAGUGUCAUAGUACAAGGAUUCUUUCAUACUUCACCUCCUUGUGAAUAGUUUUACCAGCAUUGUAAAUAAGCAUGAUCACCUCAGAUAUUAUAUGAAGUUCAAACAGAUUGUUGUC